CUGGGUGGUGAUAUCAUUCAAACUGUUUACUCUUCCCAGAGAAAAAGAAAUUCAUUGAAAGAAAGUUUGUUAAUUUCCAACACAUUGGUUGAAGAUAUCACACUUAGUGGAAUUAACGAUACAGUUAAGAAAUUUUGAACAAUUUGAUUCAAAAAUUGCUGUAAAUUGUGAAGGCACUGGAAAUUUUCCCUCAGUCUCAGGUUUCCGCCGUAAUCCAGAACAAGGAUGGAGUUAUCAGAGGAGUGGAAAUCUUAUUUCCCCAUAGGCAAAUCCUUGGACCCGCCGCUUCUCCUCUCUUCUGCUUCGCCUGGUCCUCUUUUCUUCAUCCCAAAACCCAGAACCUUUCCUAAGACCCUUUUCUCUUCUCCCUCUCUUUUCCCUCCCCUCCAUCCUCCUCCUUCUCGCCUUUCUUUCUCUCGAUUCCUCUCCACUUCUUCUGUCCCUUACUCCGCUUCUUCCUCUAUUGCUUCCCGCUUCGGCCUCGAGUCCUUCUAUGAUGACGCCGCUUCUUCGUCCUUUUUAUCGCAUAAUCGCCUCCACCUUCUCCACUGCCCCGACCAAAACAUUGCUGUCGUCUUCUUCACGACUGGCGCCAACCAUGACAGAAUUGGGUUCUUCGCUGUUCACGUCCAGGACAACGAUUUCAAGUUUCUGGGUGAUCGGGAUGGUGACAUCUUGAUUUCACACAACCACUGCAAUCACAAAAUACUGAGGAUUUUGGUGAGCCCAGUUGACGAUGACGAUUUCGAGGAAAAUUCAGGUGAUUCUGUUGUUGGGUAUUUAAUGGCUUGUACUUUGUAUUCUGUUCAUUGGUAUUCUGUUAAAUUUGUUAAGUCUAGCAAAAGCCCUGCUUUGGAUUACUUAGGUUGUAAGUUGUUCAAGAGUUCCUCGAUUGUCAGUGCUUGUUUCAGUCCACAUUUACCUCAAGAAAGUAUGGUUUUGUUAGAGAAUGGUGCAUUGUUCUUUUUUGAUUUAGAGUCUGAUGUUAACUGUCAAAUACCCAAUGCCUAUUUUAAAGGGAAUAAAUUGAGAGUUUUAUGGAAUGAUUCGAGUGGUUCAGAGAAUUAUAAAUGGUUGGGUGUUGAGUUUAGUUGGCAUCCUAGGAUUUUGAUUGUUGCCCGCUCAGAUGCUGUCUUUUUAGUUGAUAAUAGGCUUGACCAAUGUAACGUAAUUUGUUUAGCUAAGGUUGAGAUGUUGAGCCCAUAUACUGUCGAUGAAGAGGAUCAGUUCCUAGCGUUUUCUAGAGCAGGAGCUGAUGGGUUUCAAUUUGUUUUGGCUUCCCGUAGUCUACUGGUGCUUUGUGAUGUGCGUAAACCAAUGAUGCCACUGUUGCGUUGGGCUCAUAAUCUUGAUAAUCCAUGCUAUAUUCAUGUGUUUAGGUUAUCAGAAUUGAGAUCACAAUCAAGGGAUGAUAGGUACCACUGGGCAACUGAAUCAGGUUUUUGCAUAAUAUUGGGAUCGUUUUGGAAUUGUGAGUUUAGGCUGUUCUGUUAUGGCCCUUCUCCAGCCAGUGAAGGAUCCACUGCUUCGGAGAUUGCAAAGUUUUGCAAACCAUUUUUGGCGUGGGAUCUUCCUUCAGAUCUCUCAUUGUCAAGUCGAGAGUGUCAUUGUGGAAGUUGUCUUGUUAGAGAAGAAUUUUCAAAGGGUGCUCUUCCUGAAUGGGUUGAUUGGCAGCAGAAGAAAGAUAUUGUCCUGGGAUUUGGAAUUUUGAAUAGGGAUAUCUCUGAAUUGGUGUGCGAGUCUGAUGAAUUUGGAGGUUUUACUUUGAUUAGGCUAAUGUCUUCGGGAAAGAUUGAAACUCAAAGAUAUUGUGCCUCUUGGGAUUUGGUGCAGAAAUUAGAUGUAGGUCACAGAGAACCAUUGUUGAAUUUUGAGGAUAGCUUACUGUACUCUUUUGGUGAUGAUGAAUACAAAUUUCCUAAAAAAUUUAAGUAUUUGAAUCUUGACUAUCUUCGUGGGUAUUUGAAUGGAAAUGUUGCUGAAGUCCUAGAUUCCAAGAUGAAGUCUUGCAAGGGUCCUUUGGAGAAGGAAUCUUUUGGUCUAGACUUUCAUGAAAUUUUGUGUGAGAAGUUGAAGGUCUGUGGAUUUGGUCGAUUCAGGUCCUCUCCUCCACUUGCCAUUGUUUUCAAUGACAUUAGCUCGCCAACAAGCAUAUGUGAAGUUGCUUCAAGGCAAAUGUGGGCAACCUUACCUUUGGAACUUUUACUACUGGCUUUCUCUGGCUACUCUGACCUAUUUGAUGCACCGUUUGACGACAAUACAAUGCCUUUGAAAUUUUCAGUUGUUCCAGACCUACCUCAGUUACCUCCUUUCCUAUUAAGGAAGCCCUCAUGCUGCAGCACUAAGUGGUCACAUAAAGUGUGGCCUGAUGAUUCACUUGUGGGUCCUGUUCUUCCCCUUCCUGUUCUACUUACUCUUCAUGAGUUUCGUAAUGGCUGUCCUGAUUCGGAGAACAUGUGUGAAUAUUCAUCAGAGGUGGAACUUGGCCUUCGGUGCAAUGAAGUCAUGCAGGUUGCUGCAGAAAUGGCUGUAUCAGAUUCUAGCUUGCUUGACAAUGACGAAGCCAUCUCUCUUGCUGAUGACAGAGAUGGGAUGUGGUUGGACUCUCAAAGGCCAAAACCGUUCUUCUUAUAUCAUCCAGUGGGAGGUGAGCCAUCUAGCACUGGUCAACUGCAGGGAAACCAUAUGUAUAAAGAUGAGAAAUUUAUUACCAUGAUUACCAAAGUGCAUGAGAAGGAGGCUGAUUCUAGUGUCACAAUGGCUAAUGUUGGGCUGGAACUAUUUGAUGAUCUAUGUCUCAUUGAGUUGAAGUUUGAUGUUCCUGCCAUGAACUUUAUGUCACAGGAAUUAGAAGCAUACAAGACAUUGAAAAGGCAGUUCUCGAAGUGGCAAGAACAUUUUAACCCAUAUCAGGAACUGUGCAAGCAGAACAAUCUUAAUUCUCAAAGGAGGGAAUGAUAUGCUGUGUUGGUGUAAAUUUCCAUCUUCUUCUUGUAACUAUAUCUUAGAAUCUAGUUUGCUCGGAGCUCCUGUUUGCUUUCCAUCCUUUGGCUCGGAGCUGUUGUAAGAUGAUAUAGCAGUACUUGUGAUAGGUCUUUUAUUCCUUGCUCUGUAUAUGUUUGCAGCCACAGGUUUACCCUAGAUGUUGUAACGGGAUCAUUUUAGCUUUGUAAAUGUCACAAUUUCAAUGAGCAAAACUAGUUUCUUUUAUCU